AUGGAAUAUGUCCGUUCUUCUUUUGUCUCUCCGCCUAGCAUGUCGGUGGCCCUCGAAGCAGAGGAGACAGGCGUUCCUCAAGGAGCUUCCUACAGGGAGUGGCUGGAUCAUGCUGCCCCACCGAUUCAGCUGCGCCGUAGACACAGGAUUGGAAGCCCUAUUGUUCUGAGCUUGGCAAUUUUGUUGGUGGCGACCGCCGUGGCCUACAUGGUCUUGCGAUGCGGGAAGCUCCUUACCAGGCUACCUCCGCCUACGCCGUUCUCCGCAAGGCUGCUUUCUUCCGACGUAAUGACCGCACAGGCAGCAGCAGCAGCAGCGACAGCAGCGGCAGCAGCGGCAGCAGCGGCGGCGAACGGGCCAGUUGCUUUCGGGGCGACGCAGGCCGAUCGCGCAGAGGAGGAACUGUGCAGCCGGCAGAAGGGGUCAGUCAGUGCAGCACUGUCUCACAUUUCACUGGCUGAGGAUGAUGAAGGGGAAGAGUUGGAAACCCGAGGAAGCUUGAGUGAACUCGGCCAGCACAGUGCCCCUCCCGCGGAGGGCACUGCGCACCGCAGAAGGUCUUUGCUGCAGGAUGUCCUGACCAGGACUCAGCGCUCUCAUGGCAGCCCCUCCCGUGACAUCGGUGCCCACCGGCAGCGCGGCAUCUCCAACACUUUGUCGCAGAGCACUGCACAUAUUGGUCCAAGUCCAUCGCGCAGCACUUUCGAUCUCAACCGCCGUUCUCACCACGCUUCCCACGCCUCUCUCAUUUCGCAUAAACUCUUGACGCUUCGCAAGCCCCAGGGGGAGCCGCCGUAUUAUUCUUUCCCGUCUGUACUUGACCCCGCAGCAAGGUCGGCUUUCAAGACCUUCAUGGAGUUUUUGAAAAGCCGUCGCUCUCAUCGGGGGAAAUCCUCUAAAACGAUUACUUUUACGCUAUCCGGCGUGCAUGUGGCCGUCGAUGUCGUGCAACUGAAAGGCAGUUUUGGGCGUAAUUGGCCUGACAAGGCCACCUUGGGAGGCACUGGUGAAAAGCUGGAGCAGGCUGUCUGGAAGGCAGUGGGCACAGUGUGGUCAAGAGGGGGCGAGCCACAUGUUGCUGCUGAGAUGUUCGAGGUUAAACAGGAUGGAUCUGAUUCGCAUUCGGGGAAAAUAGAGAUAACUGUCACAGCUUGCAACGAGGGUCAUCGGUCUUCUUUUGACAGCGGGUCGCCUUUGUUGGAUCCGUCAAGAGAGCAGGGAGCCGUUGGAGGCGCCUCUGCUGACUCCGGAUCAGGUGAAGCCUCACGCAGAGGAGCUGUUACAUGGGGUAUGAUGGAGGGAUCGCAUGCAAGUGGUGGCGCAGAGAAGCUGGACCGUCGUGAGGCACCUCGCGCCAGAUGGGGAAUCCAUUCCCCACAGGAUGUUGCAGAACCAUUUGAUUUGGGGGCUCGCUCACCUUUACAAGGCCCCGAGCCAAGUCGCAGUGUUUCAUGGCAGGAUGACCCCCAUAAGGGAAGUGUUUCGUCAGCGAAAGCUAGAGGUUCAACAGGUAGCGGUGGAUUUUGGGCUUCUUCAAGUGGGCUACAAAGCUCAGCACCAGAAGCUCAUGACGUUAAAGCUUCGUCUAGUUCCACGAGUCACGCACUGCCAGAAAGCGCGCACAGCGAAGGUGGAAGUGGCCCUUCAGAAGGAGGCCAGGAAGUUCGGGCUCCACAUUCCAAAACCUGGUUCAGCAAGCUGAGGGGUCCGAGGUACUCCUUUCCUAAGAUUAAAAAUGAAUCCGCACGGAUUGGUCUUACAAAACUCAUGAAAAAGGUCAUGGGCUUCUCCUUGCCAUCCUGGGCGAUGCGCUCAGUCAAUGUUACCUUCGACGUUGACGGGAUAACUGUGGAUAUCACUGCAAGAGAGCUUAUGCACACCACAUGGGGUGGAAAGACGAUAAUUGAGCAGGCGGCCCCGAAAGUCGAAGAUGCCUAUUUAAAGGCGGUAGAUAGAGUGCGACGCAAGCUUCCAAGCUCAUCUGCUGCUACGGAGACCUGUAGCGCCCAGAAGCUGUUGAGAAAUGGCGUCGUUGCUGGUCAGAUAGUUUUCAUUGUAACAGCAACUUUUGUGCAGCAAGAACCAGGCUUUGUCUUGCAAUUUGGGAGCGGAGGAAAGCAAAAGGAAGAUUCUGAUGAAGAUGAAAAGCCGCAGCGCAGCAAAGGACACAAGAAGAAAAGAUCUUCAGGACUGCGCAGCACAGUGUCUCAUGGCCACUUAGAUGACGCAUCAAGUUCUGAUGAGUGGUGA